CUCCCCCUAAAAGCUAAAAACAUUUGGAGAGAGAGAGAGGGAGAUCGAGGGGAAACCGAGAGCAACCAAGACGCACACGACGAUGGAGCGAGCGGACGAGGACGCGUGCCGGGUGGCGCUGCUGGACGCUGACGGCGGCGGCGGCGGCGAGGGCGGCAAGAAGCAGCAGCAGCAGCUCGCGGCGCGGGUGUGGGAGGAGUCGAGGAAGCUGUGGGACAUCGUGGCGCCGGCCAUCUUCAGCCGCGUCGUGACCUACAGCAUGAACGUCAUCACGCAGGCCUUCGCCGGCCACCUCGGCGACCUCGAGCUCGCCGCCAUCUCCAUCGCCAACACCGUCGUCGUCGGCUUCAACUUCGGCCUCAUGCUGGGCAUGGCGAGCGCGCUGGAGACGCUGUGCGGGCAGGCGUUCGGCGCGAAGAAGUUCCACAUGAUGGGCGUGUACAUGCAGCGGUCGUGGAUCGUGCUGUUCAUGUGCGCGGUGCUGCUGCUGCCCAUGUACUUCUUCGCGGAGGACGUGCUGCUGCUGACGGGGCAGCCGCCGGAGCUGGCGGCGAUGGCGGGGAAGGUGUGCGUGUGGUUCAUCCCGCUGCACUUCUCCUUCGCCUUCCUCUUCCCGCUGCAGCGCUUCCUGCAGUGCCAGAUGAGGAACUCCGCCAACGCCGCCGCCGCCGCAGCCGCGCUCUGCGUCCACCUCCUCGCAAGCUGGCUCCUCGUCUCCAGGCUCCGCUUCGGCCUCGCGGGCAUCGCCCUCACGCUCAACUUCUCAUGGUGGGCCACCGGCGCCAUGCUCUUCGCCUACGUCGCAUGCGGCGGCUGCCCCGACACCUGGCACGGCUUCUCGCUCGAGGCCUUCGCCGGCAUGUGGGAGUUCGUCAAGCUAUCCUCCGCGUCCGGUGUCAUGCUAUGCUUGGAGAACUGGUACUACCGGAUCCUCGUCUUGUUGACGGGAAACCUAAAAGAUGCAGCCAUUGCCGUCGACGCUCUGUCCAUAUGCAUGUCAAUUAACGGGUGGCAGAUGAUGAUUCCGUUGGCGUUCUUCGCCGGCACCGGAGUGCGUGUGGCCAACGAGCUCGGCGCGGGCAACGGGGAGGGCGCCAGGUUCGCGACCAUCGUGUCGACGGUGACGUCGCUGGUGAUCGGGCUCUUCUUCUGGGUGCUCAUCAUGGGCCUGCACGACAAGUACGCGCUCAUCUUCACCUCCAGCCCCGUCGUCCUCGACGCCGUCGACCACCUCUCGGUUCUUCUCGCCUUCACCAUCCUCCUCAACAGCAUCCAGCCCAUCCUCUCAGGUGUGGCCGUCGGCUCCGGCUGGCAAUCCAUGGUGGCCUACGUCAACAUCGGCUGCUACUACCUCAUCGGAAUCCCCAUGGGCAUCCUGCUCGGAUGGCUCUUCAACCUUGGCGUGCUGGGGAUCUGGGCGGGGAUGAUCGGCGGGACCGCCGUCCAGACGCUCGUCCUGGCCAUCAUGACAGUCCGCUGCGACUGGGAAAAGGAGGCCUUGAUCGCGAGCACGCGCAUGGGCAAACUGUCGGAAGUUCGGUGAUGGCAGGAUCUGGUGCUGCACAUCUGAACGAGCGCCCGUGAUUUUUAAGCUCUGGCGGGAUCGUGUGUUCCCGCAUGUUAGUUUCGCCAAAUUUUGCCUCGUGGAAAAGCAACGCAAGGUGCUCAGGAAUCAGGGACACAGGUCGCCGGGGCAGCUCUUGAAGACGACGGAGGAGGGGCUUGGUGUGGCUAUGAUGGUUUUGGUGCUUUUGCUUAUGGGCUUUAUGGUGGUAACUUCAAAUCAAAUAGCUUGACUGUGGACCGUUGAUCUGGAUGUGUUUUAUCAUAUAUUACUUCAUAGAAGGUAAUAAUAAAAUUUAAUUGUUUUAAAUUUUGGAAAAAACGAAGUUUUCAAAUAUGUUGUGUAUUUCUUUUUGGAAACCUGGUAGAUCAUAUCUAAUCCUUUUGUCCGACGUGACGGAU